GUGGUGUGGAGGUACAUAGGAGAAAAACCAGAAACCUUGAGUGCCAACACUAGAAUAUAUGACUGGAUCCCUCAGAACGACCUCCUGGGUCACCCUAAAGCUAGAGCUUUCAUCACUCAUGGAGGCACAAAUGGGAUUUAUGAAGCCAUCUACCACGGAGUACCCAUGGUGGGCAUACCCAUGUUUCUUGACCAGCCAGACAACAUGAUCCAUAUGAAGGAAAAAGGAACUGCAGUUAUUCUCAAUUUGAACUACGUGACAGCUGAGGAUCUAAGAGAUGCAGUCAACACAGUCAUCGAUGAUAAAUCGUACAAAGAAAAUGCUAUGCGGUUGUCCAGCAUCCACCACGACAGACCCAUGAGU